CAUCCCCCCAACUCCCAAGCUUUGUUCGCUGAUGAUCAUCAAUUUGCCCACGAUCCAUAAAGGACUUGUUUGCCUGAGAAAUUAGACCCGAUACGGCAUACCCUUCGCAUACAUGACAUUCAGCCCUCCCACCAACGCGCCUGAGUUCCGCAGCAAAACCUUGUCACCCGUCUCUCCGAAGCCACUCCACUAUCCAUCCCCGUCGAAUAUCCCAAUUCUUGAGAUGCAGAUGGACCCCGCGUACCAAGCGGAACUCCCCCACGACGCCCCUCAGGCUGCCGGCAACCAGCCCAACAUCAUUCAAGAUGCACCACAACCCGGCCGGCCAGAAGGGGUAGAAACCAUCCACAUGUCGCAAGUCCAAGGCCACGCAAAUCCGGCGAUGGAUGGAACAGGGCUGGCUGUGGACAAUAUCUCGAACGCUUUUGCCGGCAAUGGCGGUGAUGGAGUUAAUUCUCAGAGCAACUCAUUAAUCGAUCAACUCGCCCAACAACCGACCACAUCAAAUGUCGAUGCGACCAGUGAAGCCGUCAACCCGGAUACCACCACCUCCACAACCCAAUUUCCUACUCCUGAGACGGGCGACUCUCAGCCACCUCAGCCGACCCAGACGGGUGAAUCCCAAGAACAACCCAACAAAGCUACGAGUCUCCCAACCACUGUAGAGAGUGGCGGCGUAGACUUUCAAGCACUGCUUGACAACCUUACCACACCUUUACCAUCGCAACCCGAAGACCCCAAUGUUUCCGCAACAUCUAUCAGCGGUGAAAACCCCUCCAAUGGAUCACAGUCUUCAUCGUCCGCUACCAUCUAUUCCACCCUCCCUCCACGACCACCUCCACAAGAUAAGCCUACCACACACCCGAACUACGACCCGGGAGAUGAUAUACGUAGUUACCAUCCCCACAACCAGUUGCCUGGCUCCAACCCGUACCGAACGCAGUCCGGCGUCCCGCCCAUCAUGACCGGUAGCACUCCCGCUGUGCAGCCUCCGGCGCAGUUGCCCGCGCAAAUGCCACAGCCAAGCCCAAUCACACCCGGGGUCCAGCCGCCGGUCGAGGGACCGGGUUCUGGUGACGAUGAGAUCCCGUGGACCCCGGAAAUGCAAACCGACUAUGAUCAAUUCUUACAGGAGGAGCGAGCAUAUGUGAGCGAGGGACAGUGGGACAAGUUUCCGGCGGGAUCAAGGUUGUUUAUUGGCAACCUGCCAACAGAGAAAGUGAACAAAAAAGACAUCUUUGCGAAGUUCUCCAGACAUGGUAAACUCGCGCAAGUUUCCAUCAAGCAGGCAUACGGAUUCGUCCAAUUCCUUGACUCGGAAUCCUGCUGGCGAUCACUGCAGGCAGAGCAAGGCAUGCUUCUCCGCGGUCGGAAGAUGCACUUGGAGAUCUCCAAGCCGCAGAAGAACACGAAAAAGGCCGAGAAACGUCGCUCCCGCUCCCCUGACCAUGGCCGCGGUGGGCGAGGCAGAAACGUGGAUCGAUAUGUGGGUGAUAUGAAUGGGGGAGGUGGUCGUCGUGGCCGGGAUGAUUAUCGACCGGGACGCUCGCCUUCGCCGCGUGGAUAUGGCCGUGAGCGCGACCGUUAUGAGCGCUAUCGACGAAGCCGAUCGCGAUCCCCGUACGGGGGUCGUGGUGAUCGCGGUGAUUACUAUGGCCAUCCAUCCAGCCGGGAUGAUGACGAUCUGCCUCCGAGGAGGAAUCCUAGGGACGUUCCGGAUGUCCAGAUUCUCGUGCUGGAUAAUCUCGAUCGUGGCUUCAUCCAAUAUGUUGAGAAAGGCUUCAUCGGGGCGGGGAUUCGUGUCGACACGUUGAUCAUGAGCCCUCGACUCUCGGAAAGCGCGGUGGUGCAACGCCAGAUUGUCGAAGGGGUAUAUGCUGUUUGCAAGUUGACGCGUGGGUCACAAGCGUCGGGAAAGAUCAACCUACAGGUCUUCGACCGCAGCCAGGGUCUUGAUAAUGUUCGCUUUGAUGAAUACGCGAACCUAGAACCGACCAUCGGAGCCGCCCUUGUCACUCGCGCAAAGCAAGCCACCCCCCAGCCCGGCUACGGCUCCCAAUAUCCACCCUACGGCGCCCCCUCUGCCCCCUACGGCAUGCCCCCUCCAUCCGCCUCCAUCCCCCCCCUCCCCAACUCCGUCCCCCCCACCCCCUCCAACGUCGCCUCCCUCAUCGGCAACCUCCACGGCCCCGAUCUCCAACGCUUCCUCAGCUCCUACCAACAACAGCAACCAGGCCACGCGCAAUCGGACGCCACCUCCCUGACCCCGGACCUCGCCCGCAUCCUCUCGACCGCCUCCACCCAACCCCCCGCGCAACCCGGCGCAUAUCCACCGCGCGGGACCGGUCAGUAUCCGCCGUACAAUCCGACAGGCGCGCCGCCGCAAGGAGCGCCUGGGCCGGCGCCGGGCGGGCAGCAGCCGAAUGUGGAUGAGUUGAUGGCGCAGUUGGCGCAGUAUCGUCGGUGAAAGGAGCGCGUGUGACGGAUGACGUGCGCUAUCGCAUUGCCCAAAGCGGACGAUUUAUGCGCGCUCUGGCGUUCCAAAUGAACCGACAAUGCCAGACGAGCGUCCGGCUCCUGGACGCACGCGUGAAUUGUCAUUUGGAUGAGGGUGCUACGAAAAGAAGAAGGAUACCCAGUCCUUCAAGGGACCGAGAGAUCACGAAUAUGGGCAGGUGGGAUCUCGCAGGUUACGGACGGCAUGGGACUCGGUCAACGCUUUGUAUAAUUUGUGGCAUUGAUCAUCGGGGUUACUGACAUGCUUUGUUUGAUUGAAAGGAAGUGGCUAGGGGCAUACAGACUUACAUAGCCAUUUUCGAGUUCGGAAACGGAUUGUAUGUAUGUAGUUCGGAAGUAGCAAGAUGGGAUUAUCGAAGACGUUCAUGUUAUUACUAUGGAUGUUAUUCGUGU